AUGGACAUUGAAAGAAAGAAAAAGCAGACUCUGAGCAACUACGUGAGUGCAAGGAGGUCUGGAACCGAAGAUGGUUCAGGAUGGCAGACAACCCACAAGAUGCAACUGAGAGAGUGCAGGGUGUCUGGCCAAAGAGGAGUUUGGGAAGAAUUAGCAAACCCCCAGCCAGAGACUGCUGCUAGGAGCAACUUAAUAUCUAACCAAUCAGCUUCUUCCCCUGGGUUGAAUUCUUCAAGUUCAGGUAUCCGGAGGCCCUCAUCAUCUGGGGGUCCAGGAUCAAGACCUGCAACACCAACUGGACGCCCCACAGUGACUUCAGCUCCUAAACCUUCAAGAUCGUCAACACCUACUUCUCGAGCAACACUAACCAAGUCCACGGUUUCUGCAGCCAAGCCCUCAGUUUCCACAAUUAAAUUCGCAAUCCCUGGAACUAAAUCCACAAUUCCUGCAACUAAAUCUACAAUUCCCUCAAGAUUCUCCACACCGUCAAUGUCGACGGCAAGAUCUUCAACACCAACUAGCAGACCUACCGUGCCCCCACCCAAAUCUGUAUCAAGAUCAUCAACACCAACUCGUUGACCGUCCAUGCCAUCCAAUACACCUAGUAUAUCAGCUCCUACAUCAAAGCCCUCUCCUUCAGUUUCGAAGCCUAUUCCCUCAGCAACAAGAAAUCCGGUGCCAUCACAUGGCGCAUCGCCUACAGUGAAAUCUAGACCAUGGAAGCCCUCGGAAUUGCCUGGUUUCUCGAUGGAUGCCCCACCAAAUUUAAGGACAACACUUCCUGAUAGACCACUUUCAGCUUCCAGAGGUAGGCCAGGAGCACCCAGCUCUAGAUCUUCUUCCAUUGAGCCUGGUCCUCCUGGAAGACCAAGAAGGAAAUCAUGCUCUCCUUCAAGAGGAAGGACUCCCAAUGGCAGUACUCAUAUAAGCGGGAGCUCUAUUCCUCCAUUCAAAAUGGUUGAGCGGGUAAUAAAUAUGCGGAAACUGGCGCCCCCCAAGCACGAUGACAAACAAUCUCCUCAUGGGAACCACUCUGGGAAGUCAUCGUCAUCCCCAGACAGUUCAGGCUUUGGUAGAUCACUCUCAAAGAAAUCCCUUGAUAUGGCUAUACAUCACAUGGAUAUAAGGCGAAGCAUUCCUGGUAAUUUGCGGCCGUUGAUGACAAAUAUUCCUGCAUCCUCUAUGGACAGUGUGAGAUUAGGGCCUGCACGAAGCAGAACGGUUAGUGUUUCAGAUUCUCCUCUUGCCACCAACAGUAAUGAUAGCUCUGAAGUCAGUGUAAACAACAAUGGCCUUUGUUUAGAUGCGAGUGGAGUAGAAGAUGAUAUUGGCAGUGAGAGAGGUGGUCGAUCUCCUGCCAGUGUGCAUGGUAGGUGA